AUGAUAGCUGAACAGCAAGCCCUUGCCACGACAGUGAGAAAUUUAGAGCGUCAAAUGGGACAGCUUGCCAGUGCUCAAAACACUAGACCAGCUGGAGCUCUUCCAAGCAACACUGAGCUAGAGGAAGUUCCUCCUAAAAAGAGGAAACAGGUGACUUUUAAUGAGAGGCCAGCCAUUAUAGAAUCAACAUCAGAGAAAGCCACGGAGCCAGAGAAGUCAGCUGGAGAGGCGGUGGUUGAGCAGCCCCCACAAUUGGUUGCAAGGCCACCACCUCCAUUCCCUCAAAGAUUGCAGAAAUUAAGAGACAAUGCCGCAUAUAAAAAGUUUCUUGAUAUCUUGAAGCAGGAGGCUGACCGAGUUCGAGACUGUGCACUCACUGAGGAGUGCAGUUUCAGAAUUCAAGUCAAGUUACCUCAGAAAUUGAAAGAUCCAGGUAGUUUCACUAUCCACAUCUCCAUUGGUAAAUAUGCUGUUGGGCGAGCGUUAUGUGAUCUUGGAGCGAGCAUCAAUUUGAUGCCGCUAUCUGUGUUCAAACAGUUGGGGUUGGGUGAACCACGCCCAACGACAGUUAUCUUACAGUUAGUUGAUCGCUCCCUUGCUCAUCCUGAGGGAGUGAUUGAAGAUGUGCUAGUUCAAGUGGGUUCUUUCAUAUUCCCUGCUGAUUUCAUCAUCCUGGAUUACGAGCCUGAUCAGGAAGUCCCAUUUAUUUUGGGGCGUCCAUUCUUAGCCACGGGCCGAGCUAUUAUUGAUGUCUGCGAAGGAAAGAUGACGAUGAGAGUAGGUGACCGAGUGGAGAUCCUGUUGAACGAGUAUUGA